AUGUCAGUGCCUCUACCCAAGGACCCGCUCCAGGCACUGGAGAUAUGCCUUUCGCAGGUGCCGCAUUACCAUAAUGCCCAAAGAUUGCAGCAAGACAUCACUUUCUUGUUCACUCAGAUGCGGAGUGCGCUCAAGCCCCAAGUCCGUGAAUUCGUCUCCCCUACUGGCGACCAAGUCAAGCUCUUCUUUCUUGGCGGCACCAUACCCAUAUCAUAUCGAAGUACUACUCUUCAUUACUCCCAGUACUGCAUUGGCAUAUUGACAUGGAAAAGUUUGAAAAACAUACAGAAUGAUGUGGAACUCUUUUCUCCCGGCUUCGAUCUCGUCUCUAAAUACAAAGACAUACUCAUACAUUUAUAAUCAGGAUCGAUAGAUUGUACUUAUACAAAGAAAUGUCGAUAAUGUUUUGUCUACUUGCAGCUCUUCACACGGAUACUCAAAACAGAUACCCGCUACAACAUCCCGUUAACGAUUUACUUCGACCCACCUUACCCGGCUCAACCACCGCGAUGUUUUGUGACGCCGACAAACGACAUGAAGAUAAAAGAUCGACACCAGCAUGUCGACCGUACUGGUAUGGUCUACCUGCCCUACCUUCACUCGUGGAAUGCAUACGGAAGCACCAUAACAGAUCUCGUGGGGCAUAUGCAACAGGUAUACUCUCCGACGCGCAACAAGUUAAGUAGCAAGAUUGACAGACGUUCAGGUUUUUUUAUGUGAAGAUUGACAGACGCCGUUUCUUAGGGACCACUUCAACUUCUCGCGUUUGGCUCUUCAUCGUGUAAUUUUUUCCUUCAUUUUUCGCGUCCAUCAUCAGGUGUUUUCGGAAGUGCCACCGGUAGUGGCCACCGCGAAGCCACAGGGACAGGGAUUGAAUAACCAGAUGGAUAUUACAUUGGGGGGCGGUAGCUAUCCCUCAAGUGAAACGAGCCAGACUGGCAUGUCCACGCAGUAUGGCGCUGGCAUGAACAAGAACAUCUGGUCAGGCACCGAGUCUGCCGCGCCAAAAGCACCAAACGCUAGUAGCCAUCACAGUUUCUCCGGCUACAGUCAGAAUACGACGAUGCCUUCAGGCAUGUUCGCGAACAUGCAGUCCACCCCAAGCAUGUCAUCAACACCACAAAUGCAGCCUGGGAGCGUGCAGAACGGGCAGAUGAUGCAACAGAAUCCCGGUCAGAUGAUGCAGCAGGGAGGUAUGAUGCAGCCAGGCAUGCAGCAGCCAGGUAUGCAGCAGCCGGGUAUGCAGCAGCCUGGUGGAAUGAUGAAUGCACAGCAGGGAAUGCAGCAACCAGGCAUGCAACAAGCAGGCAUGCAACAACCCGGCAUGCAACAACCAGGCAUGCAGCAGCCAGGGAUGCAGCAACCAGGGAUGCAGCAACCAGGGAUGCAGCAACCCGGCAUGCAGCAACUAGGGAUGCAGCAGCCGGGGAUGCAACAGCCGGGUAUGCAUCCGGGAAUGGGUCAGCAGCCUCUUGCACCAGGUGGAGCCGCAGGCGGGCCAUCAUCCGCGCACUCAACACCUCAUAUAACAGCGCAAAGUGCGCCUCCUUCUAA